AUCAAGACCAUGGCAAUCCUCGGGUCCCUGCUGCUGCCACUGGGGCUGUUUCUGUGCCUUGGACUGCUGUGUUCUCCUGCCAGCUGCAUAAGUCACAAUGGCAACUGCAUGCUCUUCAAUAAGGUCAUUGUCGCCACUUACUCAGGAAUCCAUGCCAACCCAAACGUCUAUAAAAGCAAUACAGUCUACACAGUGUCAGUUCCUGUGAAUAAAAAUAUUACCUCUGUGAUCCUGCGAGCAAUAGACCAGGACAACUCACUCAUUGGCUCCUGGCAAAAAGCUGACAAGUAUUGCAGCAGCAGCGUCUUGUACCACAUGAAGAGCCGAUACAGCAAGCUCUUCGAGGCAAAAUGGGUAUCUCCUAGUUUCAUGAACAUAACUACAGUCGAGCUACAAGUCUUCACAGUCGAUUUGCACAACGUGGCUAGAGUUUCUUUUAAGAUACUGAGAAGAAAUGGGACAACCUCAGACUUGACCACCAAGAUCUCCACAAUCAAGCCAACCACAGCCACAACCCCAAUCCCAACCCACAAGCUAACCACAACCCCAACCCACAAACUAAACACAAGCCCGAUCCACAAACUAAACACAACCCCGACCCACAAACUAGCCACAACCCCGACCCACAAACUAGCCACAACCCCGACCCACAAACCAACCACAACCCCGACCCACAAACUAGCCACAACCCCGACCCACAAACUAACCACAACCCUGACUCACAAACUAGCCACAACCCCGACCCACAAACUAACCACAACCCUGACCCACAAACUAACCACAACCCCGGCCCAGGAACUAACCACAAUCCACAAAAUAACCACAACCCAUAAAUUAACCACAACCCAAACCACAGCCAAAAGCUUGGCCAACAGAGCCUUCCUCAGCCCCAUGAGAGAUGCCAUUCAGAUCCUGCUCGUCUUUCUCACCAGCAAACUCCUCUUCUAG